AUGGCUACGAGAAUCGCCUAUGCCUUCAUCCUCUUGUUCAAUUCGAUCAUCUCCUGGAUAAUGCUCACGCCAUGGGCGCUCAAAAAGUUACAACACAUGACACUAGAUUACAUGGAAAUCAGAUGCGAUGGGAAAGAAUGCUAUGGUUGGGUGGCCGUCCAUCGAAUCAACUUCGGUCUCGGGCUCUUCCACUUGAUCCUCGCCUUCAUGCUGCUUGGUGUCAGGUCCUCCAAGGAUGGCCGUGCGGUCCUUCAGAAUGGGUUCUGGGGCCCCAAGAUUAUUCUGUGGCUUGCGCUCGUUGUCGCUUCAUUCUUCAUCCCCGAGUCGUUUUUCUUCGUCUACGGCCAUUAUAUCGCCUUUAUCUGCGCCAUGUUGUUCCUCCUGCUGGGUCUCAUCCUCUUGGUGGAUCUGGCGCACUCAUGGGCCGAACUGUGCCUGCAGAAGAUCGAAGAUAGCGAUUCACGCACGUGGCGUGGCCUUCUGAUCGGCUCCACUGUGGGCAUGUACAUUGCAUCUCUCGUCAUGACGGUCUUGAUGUAUGUCUUCUUUGCCCACAGCGGAUGCGCCAUGAACCAGGCUGCGAUUACUAUUAACCUCGUUGUCUUCCUCAUUAUUUCGAUCAUAUCGGUGCAGCCCAUGGUGCAGGAAUCCAACCCCAGAGCAGGAUUGGCCCAGGCCGCCAUGGUCACAGUUUAUUGCACUUAUCUCACCAUGUCUGCGGUGUCCAUGGAGCCAGAUGACCGUCACUGCAACCCUCUGAUUCGCGCCCGAGGCACCCGAACGGCUAGUAUCGUUUUGGGUGCGAUUGUCACCAUGGCUACCAUCGCGUAUACGACCACCCGCGCGGCCACCCAGGGCAUUGCGCUAGGCUCGAAAGGGGGGCACAACUACUCGCAGCUGGGAUCGGAUGACAACGAGCAUGGUCUUGUGACCCAGCAGCCAACCACUCGUCGCGAGAUGCGGGCCGAGGCUCUUCGGGCGGCAGUCGAGAGCGGUGCUUUGCCCGCCAGUGCGCUGGAUGACAGCGACGACGAAUCCGACGAGUAUGACACCAAGGACGACGAAAAGGGAUCGACGCAGUAUAAUUACUCUUUGUUCCACAUUAUCUUUUUCUUGGCCACCACCUGGGUAGCCACCUUGCUGACUCAGAACCUGGACCCGGAGGCCGUCGAUGACUUCGCGCCCGUUGGUCGCACCUACUGGGCCAGCUGGGUGAAGAUCAUCAGUGCCUGGGUGUGCUAUGGAAUCUACCUGUGGACCCUGAUCGCACCGGUGGUUCUACCGGACCGCUUUGACACCUACUGA